AUGGCCUCAGUCUUCUUGUUUUUUCUGUCAGACUACAGAAACGCAACCACAAAGAUUUUCUUAGUUAUUUGUGUUGCCCGCACGUGCCCAUUUGAAAUGACCGACUACCCUGGGAAAAAGGGCGUGGGGAAGGAGUCGCUUACCUCCUUUGAGAUGGGUGAAUUGCGGUACCAACAGGGGCUCCUCCUGGCGCAGCAGGGGCGACUUCGUGAGGCCAUAAAUGCCUUUGGUAAGGCGUCCUUCUUCUUGCCACAUAAGCCGCAGCCUUUCUUUGCCGCCGCGGAGUGUUUUGUUUCUUUGUGUGACUUCAAGGGGGCCGUUAAGCAAUAUCGACGAGCGCUUUGGCUGCUUCGUCCACGAGAUGACACGGAAAGCGUGGAACACCCCUUCGGUAGUGCGUUGCAGCCAGAAAAGCCUUCUAGGUGUUCUGAUUUUUUGGGGCGCGUGAGCGCCUUUAGCAUUAUUGAGGGCGAAAAGGACGAGGGGAGGGAAAGUGACCACAACGAUGAUUUUAUGUUGUCGACAACGGAUUCUUCUAGCCGAAUAGCUACGGCGGAAGCGACGCCCCCACCGAGUGCCUUUCGGGCACGUGCUGCUGCCGCCGCCGGGGACGAUCGAGCCAUUGCUGGCGCGGUGAAAACUCGCCUUGCAGGCAUUCUUGACGCGCUUAGCAUCGUUCUCUUCAACGUGAAGGACUACGGGCAGGCUCUUCGCUUUGCCGAUGACUCUCUGGAUCUGUGUGAACACCCGCAGGUGAUGCUUCACCGUUGUGCCUAUCUUGUUGCGCUUGAGCGUUCAGAUGAGGCGGAAAAGGCGUUGGAGAAACAUUUGAAGGAGCACCCCUGUUAUUUUAUUGAGAGCAGUUCACUUUUGGUGCAUCUUUACUGCCAAAGACAGGCGUUUCGACAUGCUAAGGAGCUGCUGGAGAGCGUCCCUUUGAACGAUCGUCAACAUGCGCAGAUCGUGUUGGCACAACGCAUCUUUGAUGACGCUUACUCUGUUUUUCGUCAGCGGUCGAUUGAUCAGUCGGAUGUGCAGGGACUCACCCGUUGUCUUGGAGUCUUUCCAGAGGACCCAGCGCUGUCGUUUGAGCGCGCUAAAUAUCACAUUAGUAAAGGGAUGGACAAGAAGGCCGUACCCGACCUUUUUCGUUGUAUCAAAAUAUCAGACGGCAGUUACAAAAAUGCUGUGGAACUGAUGACGGAGACCCUUUUCCGCCUCGGUGCAGGUCGUGAUGGCAAAGAUGGUAUCAAGGAUGCAAUUGAGUACUACUCAACUUCCCUUCUUUGGCACGCGGAUAAUAUUCCAGUGCUUCUUGCCCGCGGGGAUUGCUACGCGAAACUUGGGGACUAUAAAAAUGCCUUGCAGGACUUCCUUUCUGUUGAGAGGAUAUUCCCAAAGCACUCUGGAGCCACCGAGCGUAUCGCUCGUUUACACGACGUGUGGGGGACUGAAUUUCACGCUCGUGGGAAACUUGAGGAGGCGGAACAGGAGUUUAGUCGUGCAAUUGCAACAUGUGAAACCGAGCCGCUUUUCUACUACCAUCGGGCGCGUUGCCGGUUUGACAUGGGUGAACCACGAUAUGCAUUGCGUGAUGUACUUUCUUGCCGGGAGCUGAAUGCGGAGGAUCCGGUUAUUCGUGACUUUGUACAUGCGCAUCUGUCUUUUAUGACACAGGGGUCGGAGGGGCAAUCGUCAGGGAGUGCCAAUUUGCCGAAGGUGUUGCUGCAUGCUACUCGUCGUGCGAUUGCCCUGUAUGGGAAUGACGCGGCAAAUGCAGCACGGAGGCUGCGUCAACAGAGGAGUGAGCAACUGCAGGCGCUGGAACAAGAAGAACACAACGCGGUGGCGUUGAGGGAUGCUGGAGAUGCAAGGAGAGGGAAAUUGCCGGCAUUAUUGGGCGUGAAGACUUCCCAUACCGCUGUCCUGGGCGGUGUUCUGACAUGCAGCAAAGUGCAGAUGUCGACUCCCGAAGGAAAGCUGAAAUCUCAGGUACAAGGCCGCUCUCGUUUGCGGGGAAAAAAUUGA